AUGGAUCUUACCAAGAAGCGCAAGGCAGACGAUAACGGCUUGGCAUACCCCUUAACCACAGAACACACCAACCCGAUGGCGGCGGCGGCGGCGCCGGCUCCGACCGGCACCUUAUCCCCUGAAGACGCGGAGAAAAUCCUCGAACCCUUCACGAAGGAGCAGAUCCUCCCUAUCCUACGCGCCGCCAUCCUCCGCCACCCCGAUGUCCUGGAGGCCGUGCGCGCCGUCGCCGACGCGGAUCCUGUUCAGCGUAAACUCUUCGUUCGCGGCCUCGGAUGGGAGACCACCACGGAGAAACUCCGCCAGGUGUUCUCUGCCUAUGGCGAACUCGACGAAGCCAACACCAUCGUUAUCACCGAUAAGAGCUCUGGCAAAUCCAAGGGUUACGGAUUCGUCACGUUCAAGCACAUUGACGCCGCCGUCCUUGCUCUAAAGGAGCCGAAUAAGAAGAUAGACGGACGCAUCACGGUGACUCAUCUCGCAGCCGCCGGCAGUUCAGGUAAUUCUCACUCUGCUGACGUGGCGCUGAGGAAGAUUUAUGUUGGUAAUAUUCCUUUUGAGAUCUCGUCUGAGAGGCUGUUGGCGCAUUUCUCCAUGUACGGCGAGAUUGAGGAAGGGCCAUUAGGGUUUGACAAGCAGACUGGGAAAGCCAAGGGUUUUGCGUUUUUUGUUUACAAGACAGAGGAGGUUGCAAAGGCGUCUUUGGUCGAUCCCAUGAAAACCAUUGAUGGACAUCAGGUGGUCUGUAAGUUGGCUACAGAUAACAAGAAGCAGAAGCCAAAUACCGGGUCAGCUGGUGGAAAUGUACCUGGACCUGGGAUGCCCGCUUCUGGGCCCAUGCCACCCAGGAAUUACCCAAUGGGAGUCUAUCCAGGAUAUGGGCUUGGCCCAAAUAUGUCUCAGCACUCCAACCAGACUGGAGUGAUGCAUCAGAAUGCAAGUUAUAACACACCGAUCUCUGGUCCCGGGGGCCCUGGUGGACAAGGUUAUGUUGGUGGCUAUGGAGGUGUUGCUUCUGGCUAUGAUAGUGUAGGUUUGGCAGGACCUGGGGAGUAUGCUGGACCAAUGGGCAAUACUGGAUCAUACAAAAUGCCACCUAAUAGUAUUGGGAUGCAGGGUUCAGGGGGUUAUCCGGAUAGUGGCAACUACGGGCCCCAGGCAGGGUACCCGCCCCAUCCGAACCAUCCUGCAGGUCCAGGUCCUAGGUUUUCGGCUUAUCAGGGCAUGCCCCCAUACUGA